GGGGUUGGGGGGCGCGCCGGCGACAGCUCCCGGAGCUCUGAAGGGACGAGGGUUUCGGCUAUUCCUUCUAAAUGCCGACAUUUGAGUAACGUUAUCAGCGAGAUGAUAUUGCUCAACCAGGAGAGCGUCACGCAGGGACGUGGAGCACAGCCACCGCCCGGCUCCAGCCAAGCACAGCCCUCUGCUGCCGCGGGAGGCGGCCGGCGGCUGCCCCUGCCCUGGCCCCGGUCCCUGCCUCUGUCCUGGUCUCAGCCCCCGGCCCGGCCCACCCCGGACACGCCGCAGCCCCGGGACGGGGGCCCGGGAGCCAGGGCCAGUGGCCGCCCCCCCUGGCCCGUCCUGGGGCUGUCUCCCGUCGGCCGGGGCCGGGGCAGGGACCAAGGAGUCUGGGGCGAUGCUCGGCUACAAGCCGAGUUGAAAGCCGUGCUUGUGUCUCUGAGCGUGUCUGUGUCUGCGCGGGGAUAAAACCGCCCCGCCAGCGAGCGCCUUUUAUACUGGCGUGUGGAGCGGCGGCAGCAGCGAGCGG